AUUAUUAAGUAGCCCCCUGCCUCUUUUAGCUUAACUCAAAAUGCUGCAUUUUCAUCUGUGGUCUGAAGCGGAGAGCAAGGGUGUUUUUUGGACAGCUGUAUUACUGCUGAUAAGCAAGACUCUGCGAGCUGAUCAAGUACUGAGACAAGCAUCCAGAGCAGCAGCACAGCAGCACUAGUCACUACGAGCAGUGGCAGUCAGUAGCAGCAGCAGGAGCAGGAGCAGCAACAGCAACUCUCUCGUGCCUUUUUCUUCUUCUUUGUGGAGUUGUAAUCUGUUCUGAGGACAACAGCCAGAGAAGACGGGACAAGUGGAUCAGGGCUGACAGCUGUCAUCAAAACAACCCCAAACGCAGACCUGGCUGCCCACAUGCCGAUCGAAUUUGUUUGCAAAAUCAAAUUUGCUGAGGAGGAUGAGAAGCAGAAAGGCAAGCAGGAUGGGGACAAGGAGAGCCUGAUUGAGGAGAGCUGCUCACCCCCAGCUAAAGACCUGGUCGGCUUCGCCAACUCCAGCUCUCUCCACGGGAUUAACCACAUCUUUGUCUCGGGACGCCUGGGCAUUCGGCAGACCCUCUGGGCACUUGCCUUUUUGGCUUCUCUGGCACUCUUUCUGUACCAGGCUGCAAAGUGUGCCAUCUCUUACCUGGAGCAUCCUCAUGUCACCGCUCUGAAUGAGGAAGCGAGCCCUGAGAUGGUCUUUCCCGCUGUGACCAUCUGCAACAUCAACCGCUUCCGCUUCUCUGCUCUCACCGACGCCGACAUCUACCACCUGGCUAACCUCACAGGUCUACCGCCAAAAAACCGGGAUGGUCACAAGCCCACUGAUUUGGACUAUCCUGCACCAGACAUGCAGGACAUCUUCAACCGGACAGGACAUCAGCUGGACGAGAUGCUGAAGAGCUGCAACUUCAGUGGACAGAACUGCUCUGCCGAGGACUUCUCUGUGGUCUACACCAGAUAUGGAAAAUGUUAUACUUUCAAUGGGAACAAGUCGACGUCCAGGAAAACCAAGCAAGGUGGAAUGGGAAAUGGCCUGGAGAUUAUGUUGGAUAUUCAACAGGACGAGUAUCUCCCCAUCUGGAAAGAGACAAAUGAGACGUCGUUAGAGGCAGGGAUCCGCGUGCAGAUCCACAGCCAGGAGGAGCCUCCAUACAUCCACCAGCUGGGCUUCGGAGUCUCCCCGGGAUUCCAGACGUUUGUUUCAUGUCAGGAACAAAGGCUGACCUACCUGCCCCAGCCCUGGGGGAACUGCCGCUCCACCAGCGACCAGAUGAUCCCGGGAUACGACACCUACAGCAUCAGUGCUUGCCACCUGCGCUGCGAAACCAGGGAGGUGCUCCGGGAGUGCAACUGCAGGAUGGUGCACAUGCCCGGAACUGCCGAUAUCUGCACUCCCAGUAACAUCAAGUGUGUUGACAAGGCGCUUGCCCUUCUCCAGAAGAGCACUGGGGACACCUGUCCCUGUGAGACACCAUGUAACCUGACCCGCUACGGCAAGGAGCUCUCCAUGGUCAAGAUCCCCAGCAAGGGCUCCGCUCGCUACCUGUCCAGGAAAUACGACAAGUCUGAGGAAUAUAUCAGAGACAACUUUCUGGUGUUGGAUAUCUUCUUUGAGGCUCUUAACUAUGAAACAAUUGAACAAAAGAAAGCGUACGAUGUUGCAGGUCUACUGGGUGACAUUGGAGGCCAGAUGGGCUUGUUCAUUGGAGCCAGUAUUUUGACAAUCUUAGAAAUAUUGGAUUAUGUUUACGAGGUGAUCAAGCACAGGCUGCAGCGUCUGCUGAGGCCACAGAAGGAUGAGAAGAAACAACAGGCGACCACUGUUGCAACUGUGGAUCUGCAAGAUAUGAAAGCCAAUAAGGAUUACAUCCCCCCAGAGGCAACUUCAAUUCCCAGGUCCCUCUCUCAUGAGGAACAAAUGUACUUCUCGAGUUCAUAUAAAAUCAUCCAAAAUCCUCCAUUUUCCCUACACGAGUCCAGUGAUAUGACCAUGACCAGAAGUCAUCCUGAAGGAGCUUACGCCAAUACGAUUCUACCGAACCACCAUCUCCCCCACCACGAAGGACACGAAGGACACCCACAUGGAGUGUUUGAGGACUUUGCCUGCUAGAGCCAGCGGCCAUCUUUCCAUCCUGAUGACAACAAAAGAUGUGUCCUCUCUGGGCUGGAUCGGGCAUCAAAACAGACCCUGGGACCUCAGUUCUAUGUAUUUCUUGCUGUCACCAGUGAAAAAGCUACAGCCAAAGUUGAACACCAAACCUGUGCUGCUAACAGACCACUUGUAUGUAGGCACAGAUUGGACCCCACAUUACUGUCCAGCUGGAGACGCCCACCUUCGAUCCUCCUCCAGUUGAAAGCUGGCCACUCUGUGAUUUCUAUACUGGUUAUUUUGGUACAUGGUCACCACAUGGGAACAAGACAAGGACUGCAUGUCAUCUUGAGCCAUCUUGAUGAAUUUAUACUCAACUCCAGUAUCUUGAUUUCUGUACCACUAUUCUCACUCAGUUCACUGUUUUGAAUCAUUGUAAAAUAUGUAAUUGUUUAAUGAGAUAUUAUAAUUUCCCCUCUAUAUUGUAUACAAGAUGAGUAUAAGACAAGUGGUCAUAUUCAAUCUAACCAUUAUAUUGAGAUCUCAACAAACAAAAUCAGAGGAAUUACAUUGAUCUUUUAACGUGUUAAAACCAUACUACCCUUGCUUUGAUUAUAGGGCCCAUACUGCAUACCAGCUAUAUACCAUUUAGUAUUUAUUAGGAUCCCCAUAGCUGCUGCCAAGGCAGCAGCUACUCUUCCUGGGGUCCAAGCAGGGUUA